CUCAGAGGGAGGGACUAAAAGACUAACUGUCAGAAAGGACAAGAGAGAGAGAGGAGCGCGCGGAGGCAGCAAAUGAGAGGCAGCUCGCGAUCGCCGCCGCCGCCGCUCCGCGAUCACGGUCCUGCAGCAGCUCCAGUCUGCGGUUUUACGCGUUAAAUGCAUCAAAAAAAGAAAGAACAAAGAAACGAAUCUAAGGCCGUAUAAAAAGAAACAAUUAAAGUGAGAAGAAGGAGAAGGAGAAAAAAAAACUAGAAAAUCACGGCGUCCCUGCAAGAGGCAAAGGACCCAGUGGAUGGUAUUUUUUCCAACUUAAUUUCAUAAAGGUUUUUUUUGGGAAGGUUUGCUUGCUUUUUUCAAGGGAAGAAGGGAAAUCCGCAGCAGCAGAGUUUGUGGGAUUUUUAAAAUCGUGAUUUUUAUUUUUCCAACAAAGAAAGAAGGGGCAAAACUUUCCUGAAGGACUGCACAGAGUUUUUUUUUUUUCUUUUUUUUAAGGGCUUCUUAUUUACUGACUGGAUUUUCUACUUUAUUCCUCGCAAUUACAUAUUUUGCGUUCAAGUGCGUAAAAAUUGUCGGUAUACGCGGACGGAUGUUACGGAUUUAAACUUCUUAUUUCUUUUAGUUUUUUUCUCUUCUUGUAGUUUAACAAAGUCAAUGGUGUACGUCGAAAUACUGCCUAGACUGACUUACAAACUUUGAAUAAUUCAUGGAAUAGAAUUUGCCUGCUUAGGAGAAAAGUUGCAUAAAUAGAGGGAGGGAAAUAAUCACCGGACGUAUUGAUAAGGGUUAAACGAAUGGCCACGGCCGCUUCCAACCCCUAUCUCCCCGGUAACAGUAUCCUGUCUUCAGGCUCCAUCGUGCAUUCGGACUCCGGGGGCGGGGGAAUGCAGCCGGGCAGCGCUGCUGUCACCUCGGUGUCCGGAGGCUACCGAGGAGACCCCGCAGUAAAGAUGGUACAGAGCGACUUCAUGCAGGGAGCCAUGGCGACGAGCAACGGAGGUCAUAUGCUGAGCCAUGCCCACCAGUGGGUGACAUCCCUGCCCCACGCAGCCGCCGCUGCCGCUGCAGCCGCAGUCGCAGCCGCUGAAGCCGGAUCCCCGUGGUCCUCCAGCCCCGUGGGGAUGACGGGCAGCCCGCAGCAGCAGGACGUCAAAAACAGUGCGGGUAGAGACGAUCUCCAUUCCGGGACCACGCUGCACCACAGGCCCCCGCAUCUGGGUCCGCACCAGUCUCACCCAGGGGCGUGGGGUGGCACCACCGCGGCUCACAUCCCCUCCAUCGGGGGAGGGCAGCAGCAGCAGUCGCUCAUUUACUCGCAGACUGGAGGAUUCACGGUGAACGGGAUGCUGAACCCGCCGGGCAGCCAGAGCCUGGUGCACCCGGGGCUGGUGCGCGGAGACACGCCGGACCUCGACCACGGAAACCACCACCACCACCAUCACCACCAGCAUCAGCACCACCAGCGGCAGCACCACGGCGCGGCCAACAGCCACGAGCCGCACUCGGACGAGGACACGCCGACGUCGGACGACCUGGAGCAGUUCGCCAAGCAGUUCAAGCAGAGGCGCAUCAAGCUGGGCUUCACGCAGGCGGACGUGGGCUUGGCCCUGGGGACCCUCUACGGCAACGUCUUCUCGCAGACCACCAUCUGCAGGUUCGAGGCGCUGCAGCUCAGCUUCAAGAACAUGUGCAAGCUGAAGCCUUUGUUGAACAAAUGGCUGGAGGAGGCCGACUCCUCCACCGGGAGCCCCACCAGCAUCGACAAGAUCGCGGCGCAGGGCAGGAAGAGGAAGAAGAGGACCUCCAUCGAGGUGUCCGUGAAGGGCGCUCUGGAGAGCCACUUCCUCAAGUGCCCCAAGCCUUCGGCCCAGGAGAUCUCCUCGCUGGCCGACAGCCUGCAGCUGGAGAAGGAGGUGGUCCGAGUGUGGUUCUGCAAUCGGAGGCAGAAGGAAAAGAGGAUGACCCCCCCGGGAGUGCCCCAGACGCCGGAGGAUGUGUACUCUCAGGGACAUUUUUUAGUAGAUUACGUAAAAGAUGCAAGUUUAAGUGGGCCGAGUGACCCAGGCGACCAGAGGGUGACAACCACCAGUUCGUAUCAUCAGGUAAUUCUGGCGCACUGAAAGCCAGGCACGGACAAGAAAAAGAAACCAAAUUUUUGAAAUGAACACAACCCCGUUCUGUUUUCCUUCCCCUUCGAAUCGAACUGAUCGACAAACGCUGAGCUGCGCAUUUAAGAAAUAGACUUUAAAAAGCUCAGCAAAGGAGGACAAUGUAAGGACACCACUGGGAUGGAGACCUCGGACUUCCGAAGAGGACAGAAUCAUUGUUUCAUAUCAAAAAUAACAAUAUGUUUGAGGGAUACAACGCUUCCCUUUCUGCCUCUCUCCGAAAAAGACACCGAAAUACUGUUUUGCAUUUCUGAUGUUAAAAAUCAAACCUUUUGAAAGUUGCUGUUUUUGG